CGACAACCGACUUACAAAGACAGAUCAUAUCUCUCUGCCCUGGUCACCCCACGACGAGUCGCGUAUUACGGCUGCUCACUGUCUCAGGCCAUCGCCAUAAAUUCUCCACCGCGUCCUCGCCGAUGGACCGGUGAUAUUCACCGAGCUCACUUUCACCAUGGAGAAAUAUUCUCAAUUUCGGGAUCGGGGCACCGCGAUUGCGCCAUUCUUCCCCGUAACCUCCCCGCCAUCGGGCCUGCUAUGGAUGCCCGUACACCUCUUCCUCUUCGCUGUCCGAGUGCCAGCGCUUCUCUGCUUCUCGAUUUUCUACUUUACUAUAUUACGAUGGCUACCAGUCGGGUCCUUCGCGAAGAAAGCGGUGCUAUGGUGCAUGAUCGGAAUACCAGGAAUCUGGUGGAUAGAUCUACAGAUAGAUCGAGUUAAGAGAGGUAGUCUGAACUCCAAAGCUGCUCUCGCCCGACUCCCCUCCGCAGGCACCAUCAUCGCCUCCUCCCUCACCUCUCCCCUCGAUGCUCUCUACCUCGCUGCAAUCUUCGAUCCCAUAUUCACAGCCUCCUACCCCGGUACCCGCCUCGUGCAGCGUAUCUCCCUCUUCCGUGCUAUGCAGCUCGCGCUCCUUCCACCGCAACUCGUGCCUCAACGCUCCUCCGUGGACAAGCUUGUACCCUUGUCUGAGAUUCUCGCGCGAUACCCAGAUGCAAGCGUGGUAGUGAUGCCAGAGUGUACGACCACUAAUGGCCGCGGCAUCCUUCCUUUCAGCCCUAGUCUUCUGUCUACACCGCCUAAUACAAAGAUCUUCCCGGUCAACCUGCGCUACACGCCUGGCGACAUCACAACGCCAGUGCCGCAAGAGUAUUUGCGCUGGCUCUGGCGGCUUUGCUCGAAACCGACGCACUGUAUUCGUGUUCGCGUGGCUGAGUGUGUUUAUAACAAUCCGACGCUUACGUCGCCGACGCCAGCUUCUUCGUCCACGUCAAGAUCGACUGGGUUGGAUGCGGCAGCAAAGAACUCGCAUGAGACAAAUUUCUUAGAUACGACAGACAUCGGUGACGGCUCCGACACUCUCAUCGGCUCAGACGACGUAGAAGAUGGGCUCACGCCUGACGAGCGGCGUGUGCUAGAUCGAGUAGCGGAAGAUUUGGCGAGGCUGGGCAGAGUGAAAAGGGUUGGGUUGGGAGUGCGGGAGAAGAUUGAGUUUAUGAAAGUGUGGGGGAGUAGGCGGAGAUAGGUAUCACAGAUUUCAAAAUGGAUUCCAUGCAGCAUGAUGUUAUGGAUAGAGCGAGUGGGUAUGGUAGAGGAGAGAGGACUUUCGAUCUGAGCAUUUUAGCGACUACCAAUAGGGUAUGGAUGAUAUCAGGACGUUUUGAUAGCAUUUAGGUAGAAGAGAGACGGGACAUUCGAAGAGG